AUGCCCAACCCCCUCGAUCUCAGUGAUAUUCCCAAUUUCAGUCCGAGUAGCAAUUCAAGUCCACCUCUCAAGCUACAUCCCACACUCACUCCGUCAUCUACCAUCUCUUCUCUGAGUUUCCCUUCUCCUCUUGAUAUGGAUAUCGACCAAGAUGUCAGCGAGUCUUCAACCAGUAUGGACCCCCUCGAAUCCUUGGUGGAGCUAAUGUCCUCUCUACCGCCCGAGAUUAUUCAACAAAUCUGGUCGAAUGUCAUCUCCCACCCUUCAGCCUCACAUAAAUUGUCGGUUCUGCAAACAUGCAAGAACAACUAUCGAAAGAUCGUUCCCCAACUGUAUAAACACGUCGUCCUCACCGCCCAUAAUUGUCGAUCAUAUUUUUACGGUCUGGGACCAACAUUUCAUGGUCCGACUGCUGAAGAGAGCUCAAGGGUCUGGCCAGUAAGUGGUCCAGGUAUAAUGCCUCUUCGAUCAAUCGGCCUUUCUUUCGAUCCAUCCACAUCCACUUCGCCAUUCAUACGUAAAUUCACUUUAUGCAACCUAGUCGAAUCAGUGGUGAUCUCCGAUAUAGAAAGCUUGAUGGUGUUGUUGGAAGCUGGAGGUGAGACUUGGAGAAAUGGAAUGGACACUUGGCGAUCACGUGUAUUGUUCGAUCAAAUCGAUUCGAUCACUUUCCUAUCUCCAAUCUUCCAAGCGUUGGAUCAACGGCCUUUGCUAUAUAGAGGUUUGUUAAGGGAAGUUUGGAAUUGUAUAAAGAGCGAUUCGGUGAUUAUACAUUUCCCAGAUCAUCCUUCGCCAAAUAUUGGGAAUUGCUACCAGCACGACAGAGAGGAUGUGAUUCUGAUGAAGGAAGAUACGUACAGGAUCGCCUUGGAUAUAUUAGGUUCGCCGAAAAGCUUAGGUCAAGAGAAUCGCCUAUUGGCGGAGUUGGUUAUAUAUACACCUCAAUUGGAUGGAAUCGAUUUGAGCAGAGUCGGUGCGAGUAGAGUCAAAGUGGUUUUGAUAGGUCGAAACAAUUGGAUAGCUUGUGGGAGUGGAGAUGAUACUGGUGAGAAAGGGGAUAUGAAUGGACAUAAGGAAUGUUUGUCACAGGAAGCUCAGUUGAGGAGAUUCGUGAGGAGACAUUGGUUAGUGGGGAUUGAUAAUGAUGAGUACAUUGGCAUACCCCAGGAAGUAGAGAACGUAUCGAUAUACAACGUAGCGAAUUACAAUAGACGACGAUGUGUCACUGGACGGAUAUCCAAUACGAACAGUAGCAACAACAACGACCAUACGCAGGAUAACGGAUUAGGGGGAGGGAGCUCAUGGUCCGGCUCGCUGCCUACGAUAUUGUAUAGUGCUUUGGAAGGGGAUGAACAGCUAGCGAGAGAAGUUGACGAAAGAGUGGAUUUCUUAGGUAUGGAAUAG